AAAAAAGCGUAGGCUACAUUGAAUUGCGGCCUUUGAGCAUGUAUUUAUCAAUUAUUUUAAAACACUGAUUAUGAGAAUCAAAAUACUCGAUUUGUCCACACCGUGGAUAUCCAUAAUUUUAAUGAGAAGCGAGUUGAUUGUAUGGCAGGUUAAAUCUACUCUAACCAGUCGCACACCCUACACCCUGCUGACAUUCACGAUCAAGGUCCACAGACAAGCACACAUCGCUGGAUUCAAAGCUGAACACUAAAUGUCUUGCAGCUGAUCUCAAGAUAAAGUGCAGAAAGGUGCUAAAGAAAUCACCUGGAAUCAUCUCGACCUCACUCUAAACAUCAGAGAGUUGAACUGUAGAAGCCCCUCAGCAUUCAAAAUGCGCUGGUGUAAAUAUCUAAAGGUCAUUUUGGUUUUGUUAUGUGCCUGCAUCUUUAUUGUGACAAUACAUAAAGUUCCUCUUGGACAUUUUAAAGUUUUGGUGAACAAUAGUGUGGUGGAGCAGCUCUUUCGUGAAGAACCCUGUGCCUGUAUGGAGCGCUGUUUGGCUGCAAGUGACGACAAGUGGUUUGCUGAACAUUACAGAAAAGAUGUACCACCAGUUCUCUCUCUCAACAACAGUGUCCUCCCUGACCACAUCUUUAAGUGGUGGCAGUCUCUACAAUCUACAAAGAGCAAAGCUAAUUACUCCCAAGUAAUUAAGGAGCUGUUUUCUGUCAUUCCUGAAGAGGAAUGGUACAGAGAUGCUGGCCCGUCCCGCUGUCGAACCUGUGCUGUGGUGGGGAACUCUGGGAACCUUUUAGGAUCAUACUAUGGUCCUGUUAUAGACCACCACGAUUUUGUGUUUAGGAUGAAUAAGGCGACAGUUCAGGGCUAUGAGAAAGAUGUGGGAUCCAGGACGACCCAUCGUUUAAUGUACCCAGAAAGUGCCACCCAUCUGGACAACAACACACACCUGGUGCUGUUGCCCUUUAAAACAAUAGAUAUCCAGUGGAUUACCAGUGCUCUAACUGAUGGAUCUAUCAAACGAACACGGUUUAAGGUUAUAGACAAGCUACAAGCCAACAAGGACAAAGUGAUGGUUAUGCACCCUGCUUUCAUGCAUUAUGUGCACAAUACGUGGCUACACAUUAAGUCUCGAAGAUCUUAUCCAUCUACAGGUUUUCUUGUCCUAAUAUACGCCUUGCACAUUUGUGAUGAGGUAAAUGUGUUUGGCUUUGGUGCGAACGAUAAUGGCACCUGGCACCACUAUUUCGAAAAAACACCCAAGUCUUUGAAGCGCACUGGUAAACACAGUGGUGGGAUUGAGCUUAAAACCCUCUUAGAACUUCAUGAAAGGAGGCUGAUUGAUCUAUACACGGGGUGGUGAAAAGGAUAAUGACAUGAAGUAACACAAUUUAUCAAUAUUUAAUUUUAUUUAUGAUAAAUGCAUAUACUAUAUGCAUUUACUCCUUGUUCAAAAUGUGUUUUGGAUCUGAAAUCUUUUGUGUGUGUUUUUAUUUGUAUUUUGUUUUUUUACUUUUUGAAUUUUUAGAUACCAAUGAUAUUGAUUUUAUGAUUUUGCAUCAAUUAGUUGGGUAUGUUUGUGUACACAAGCAAGCAACAAACAUUUUUUAUGUAAUUUAAUCAAAUGUUAACUUUAAAUUUGUAUUGUAAAUGCAACAUUUUAAAAAUAAAGAACUGAUAUACUGAAGGCAACAUAUUAAGUGCACAUACAUAUCAUUGUUUUUCCUUCAGUCCUUUGGUGUUGCACAUGAUCACAAAUAUUAUUAAACUAUUAAACCAUAUGUAUUCAUAUGUUCUUUAAUCCUCUGUUAAAUUCUGAAGAUGAAGCUGCAGUCUUCACAAGGAGCAUUGUUAAGUCUGCAUGAUAACAUGUGAGUUAUGUAUUAACAUUUGUUUUGCAGUCCAAGACAGUGACAUUUAAAAUCUGAGUCCUCAUUGUUCUGUUAUCACCAAAUAAACAGAUAAAUCAGCAGUU